AUGGCAAAUCUAAAUAUUGUUUUCAUGUUUUUCUGCUCUCUUCUUCUUGUGGUGUUUGUUUCUGGUAAUUCGUACCCAUUCUUCAAUAAGAUUCAAUUGCCACCAGGAGUCACGGGUCCCGAGUCAGCCGCCUUCGAUGCAGCUGGAGGAGGACCCUAUGUUAGCGUCACUGACGGUAGGGUCCUCAAGUGGGAUAGCAAACUCAAUGUUUUUGUAGAAUUCGCCUACACUGCACCAAAUAGGGAAGGAAUUUUAGGUCAAACACGAAACCAUAAAUAUGGAUGGGCUCUCGAGAUUUUCCUUAGACAGUAUAAUAAUGGAACAACUGAUCCAAAUAUGGGGCCUAUAUGUGGGAGAACGUUGGGUCUAAGCUUCUACUAUGCAACGGAGUCUCUUUACAUUGUUGAUGCAUACUUUGGGUUCCUAGUGGUAGGCCCUCAAGGAGGCCUUGCACUUCAACUUGCCACUAGUGCAGAAGGUGUGCCUUUCAAAUUCACCGAUGGCGUAGAUGUCGACCAGCAAUCUGGACACGUUUUUUUCACCCAUGCUAGCGAAACCUUCGACUUGUGGAAUGCAACACAACCGGGUUUUCAACCUGACUCAACUGGAAGGUUGCUAAAAUAUGACCCAGUGACUAAACAAGUUAUCGUGUUGCUAAGAGGGCUAGCAGGGGCAGGUGGCCCGGCUGUGAGCUUCGAUAGCUCUUUCGUCCUGGUUUCAGAGUACGUCGGUAAGAGAAUUCAAAAGUUUUGGCUCACAGGGGUUAAAGCUAACACCGCUGAGAUUCUAAUCAACCUUCCUGGAAAUCCGAACAAAAUUAAGAGGAGUGAAACGGAAGGAGAAUAUUGGGUAGCACUGAAUGUAAUUAGUCAACAGCCGAUAUUAUUUACUGCGCCACAGGGUCUGAGGAUUAAUGGACUCGGAAUGUUGCUGGAGACUCUUCCUCUUGUUACAGGGUAUUUCAAUGCAUCUAUCGCUGUAGUGCAAGAACAAAAUUCUGCAUUAUACAUCGGCUCUCGCGAUACUGAUUUCCUCGGGGUGUUCAAGAAAGGGCCAUGA